AUAAUGAUCGCAAUUCCAGUUCUUUUUUAACUCCUGUCAUUAGUGCUUAAUUUUGAAGCGGUUUUGCCGGGUGACAUUGAAGUUUAGAGAACGAGAGUGAGAACGUGAGAGAACACAUGCUGAAGCCAUUGUUACUGUACCGAGGUUUCCUUACACCGCAGUUACCACAUUUGAUCUCAUUUGGAAUUAAUUCUGCACAAGCUUCGACACUUUUUCGGCGAAAUUACUGCAAGAUGGACGAUAAAAUUGCACUAGACGCCGCCAAGAGUGCGGCUGCCCAAGCCGCUGUUGAUCAAUGGGUCACAGAGGACACCAAAGUAGUUGGUGUGGGCAGCGGAUCAACAAUAGUGUUUGCUGUAGAACGACUCGCGGAGCGCGUGUGGAAGGAGGGUGCCCUGGCGGACAUGAUCUGUGUGCCUUCCUCAUACCAGGCACGCAAACUAAUUCUGGAUCACAAUCUGACGUUGGGCGAUUUGGAUCGCAAUCCCAAAAUCGACGUGUACAUUGAUGGAGCCGACGAGGUCGACAGCCACAUGGUGCUCAUCAAGGGCGGCGGUGGUUGCCUGAUGCAGGAAAAGAUUGUGGCUUCAUGCGCCAAGACAGUUAUCAUUAUCGCAGACUACACAAAGAAGUCGCUGCGCCUGGGCGAGCAAUGGUGCAAGGGCAUUCCCAUUGAAAUUGCGCCAAUGGCACAUGUACCAGUCAAACUGAAGAUUGAGGCACUUUUUGGAGGUGAAGCAAGUCUUCGCAUCGCCCUGAAGAAAGCUGGACCCAUUGUUACCGACAAUGGUAACUUUCUGCUAGACUGGAAGUUUUUGGCCAAGCGCGAAUACAACUGGGAUGAGGUGAAUCGUGCAAUCAGCAUGAUACCUGGUGUCCUUGAGACGGGUUUAUUUGUUGACAUGGCAUCGAAGUGUUACUUUGGAAUGGCCGACGGCAGCGUCAAGACACAGAACAAGUAGAGGGAGCAUUUUAAAUGUUCAUAAUAACACUAUAAUUACUUUUAUUACAAAAUAAAUAACUAUACGAUUGUUGUCCUUUCAAGAUUGCUUAAACUA